AUGGUUGGUGCAAUGAUCGAACUGAUGGACUUCACAGUCCUGAGGGCAAACCCCUGUGAGCUCCACUGUCGCCCAAUAGAUGGCCAUUUUUCAGAGAAGAUGCUUGAUGCAGUCACUGAUGGUACUCCUUGCUUUGAAGGAAGGCACAGCAGAGAUAUCUGUAUUAAUGGCAUGUGUAAGACUGUUGGCUGUGAUUAUGAGAUAAACUCCAACGCAACUGAAGACCAAUGUGGAGUUUGCCUGGGAGACGGCUCUGCUUGUCGUACAGUGAAGAUGAUGUUUAAUCAAAGUGAAGGAUUUGGAUACGUUGAUAUUGGGCUGAUUCCGAAAGGUGCAAGAGGAAUCAAAGUCAUGGAAGUUGCAGAAGCAGGAAAUUUCCUUGCUGUGCGAAGCAAAGACCCAGAAAAAUAUUACCUGAAUGGAGGCUUUAUCAUCCAGUGGAAUGGUGAAUACAAAGUGGCAGGAACAGUAUUUCAGUAUGACAGAACAGGGGAUCUAGAAAAUCUGACUGCUCCAGGACCCACCAAUGAAUCAAUAUGGAUUCAGCUGCUUUUUCAAGAAACUAACCCUGGAAUCAAGUAUGAAUAUACUGUACGUAAAGAAGAAAGUCAUGAGAAUGAGAUAGGAGAGCCAGAGUAUUUCUGGCAGUAUGGAGACUGGACAGCCUGCAGUGUUACCUGUGGAAGAGGGGUGCGACGCCAGAUUGCCCACUGCAUGCGCAAGGGAAGCGGAGUGAUCAAAAACUCCUUCUGCGACCCAGCAACACAGCCAAAAGGACGACAAAAGAAGUGCUACGAAAAGGACUGUCCACCCAGGUGGUGGGCAGGAGAAUGGCAGAAAUGUUCAACCACGUGUGGCCCAACAGGACAGAAGAAGCGAACUGUGCUUUGCAUUCAGACGGUGGGGUCUGAUGAGCAGGCACUGGCGGCCACAGAGUGCCAGCACCUGCUCAAACCAAAGACGCAUCUGUCAUGCAACAGAGAUGUCUUGUGCCCAUCCGACUGGACAGUGAGCAACUGGACUGAGUGCACAGUAACUUGUGGUGGUGGUAUAAGGACACGUAAAGUCACUUGUGCCAAAAAUAAUGAUGAGCCAUGUGAUAUUUCCAAGAGACCAAACUCUAAGGCCCUGUGUGGUCUCCAGCAAUGUCCUUCUGCUGGAAGAUUUCUGAUACCCCCACUGGCACCCAGAAGAGGAAAGAUCAUAAUCAGAAAAACAACUGCUAAUCCCACACUGAGUCCAUCUCAUAGAAUACCCACACCAAGCCCAAGGUCUGACACAACAGCAGAAGUACCCAAGCCUGAAAGUGUAACUCCCUGUUUGCCUACGUCCUCUGGUUUGAGUAAUGUCUCAGGAAAAGAAGGAGCAGCCAACAAAACAUUACACAAUAAUUUUGCUGCACCAAGUGAUGUUUACAGUUAUCCAGUUGUUUCUACUGAAAAUAGUUCACACCAAAGUACUGCUUCAUGGCCUUUUCAUAAUAGCUUAAAUACUGAAAUCAUAAGGCAUGCUGAAAAUAUUUCUGAAAGUGAGCUAAUUUCUACUGUAGAGAGUGAGGUGCAAAGAAGUGAGGACACUCCUGUCUCCUCAUUUACCAGUAGCCCAGAAAUAACUUCCAGCUAUGAUUACUUAACUGAAGAAUCUGAUGACAUUGAUGGGUCAGUGGAAGGCAGUGAGAAACCGGUUGAUCUCCUUUACAGCACAGAACCCAAUCCCGAAAUCAGAACCAGGACCACAACCCUAGAUACCGGCUUUGCUGUCCUUCCCAAUGAGAGUGUGACUUCUCAUCCCCCUUCAGAAUCUCAUCACCUCGACCCUUCUACGUUCGUUCCUGUCAGCAGAGCAGCACAAGGGUUGGCAUUUCCAACCACAGCAAAUUAUAUCAGUCUGCAAGUUAAUGUGCCUGUUGUAGAAGUGACUACUCCACAAGCAUCAGUUACAGUAAUGCCCACAGUGUUUGGUCACAUACCAAGUAACCAAAGUCCAACAUCUGAUGGUGUUUUAACGAAUGUCACAGAAAACAGCCUCCUAAUAACAUCCAACAGUUUGCCUGGUAAUGCCUACUGGAUAGUAGGCAACUGGAGUGAG